GGAUAAAAGACGUUCUGAAGGCCUCGGGCAAUGUUGCUGCAAGAAGCCAGGUAUGCUUCUUCUGACAAAGAACUCAUGAACAGCCGCUGGAUCUCGCUCGAAGUGACGUGGCACUUCACUGCAGUGGCUUCAUUGGUGAUGGCGCCGCUGUGGUAGGACAAAUCAAAGGUGGCGAUGAAUCAGCGAGAUUGAAAAUCUGGCUGAGUGGUGUCAUAACGGCAACCUCUCACUCAAUAUCAGCAAGACCGAGGAGCUGAUGACUGACUUCAGGAGGAGGAAGCUGGAGGUCCACGAGCCAGUCCUCAUUAGAGGAGGUGGGGUGGAGAGAGUCAGCAACUUUAAACUCCCAGGUGUUGUCAUUUCAGAGAACUGGUCCCGGGCCCAGCACGUAAGUGGAAUUAUGAAGAAAGCAUGGCAGUGCCUCUACUUCCUCAAGAGUUUGCAGAGAUUUGGCAUGACAUCUAAAACACUGACAAACUUUUAUAGAUGUGUGGUGGAGAGUAUAUUGACGGGCUGCAUCACGGCCUGGUAUGGAAACACCAAUGCUCUUGAAUGGAAAAUCCUACAAAAAGUAGUGGAUACAGCCCACACCAUUAGAAGUAAAACCCUUCCCACAAUUGAGCAAAUUUACACAGAGCAUUGUUGCAGGAAAGCAGCAGUCAUCAUCAGGGGCCCCCAACCACCAGGCCACGCUCUCCUCUCGCUGCUGCCAUCAGGGGCCCCCAACCAACAGGCCACGCUCUCCUCUCGCUGCUGCCAUCAGGGGCCCCCAACCACCAGGCCACAUUCUCUUCUCGCUGCUGCCAUCAGGGGCUCCCAACCACCAGGCUACGCUCUCCUCUCGCUGCUGCCAUCAGGGGCUCCCAACCACCAGUCCACGUUCUCUUCUCGCUGCUGCCAUCAGGGGCCCCCAACCACCAGGCCACGUUCUCUUCUCGCUGCUGCCAUCAGGGGCUCCCAACCACCAGGCUACGCUCUCCUCUCGCUGCUGCCAUCAGGGGCCCCCAACCACCAGGCCGUGCUCUCCUCUCGCUGCUGCCAUCAGGGGCCCCCAACCACCAGGCCGUGCUCUCCUCUCGCUGCUGCCAUCAGGGGCCCCCAACUACCAGGCCAUGCUCUCCUCUCGCUGCUGCCAUCAGGGGCCCCCAACCACCAGGCCGUGAUCUCCUCUCGCUGCUGCCAUCAGGGGCCCCCAACCACCAGGCCGUGCUCUCCUCUCGCUGCUGCCAUCAGGGGCCCCUAACCACCAGGCCACGCUCUCCUCUCGCUGCUGCCAUCAGGGGCCCCCAACCACCAGGCCGUGAUCUCCUCUCGCUGCUGCCAUCAGGGGCUCCCAACCACCAGGCCACACUCUCCUCUCGC